AUGACGACCGUCGUCCUGCCACGUCCGAUCCCUUCUACACAUAUGCACUCAACGACACCGACCCUCACGCUUGAAACCCUUAAUAGUCCUCCCCCAGAUUACCGCGCCGGUAGAUCGCUACCCGUCUUCCCUCCCGUUCCGCUCCCGACCGAGAAACCAGACUCUCCUCCCCAAUCCCCUCCGACGAAAGAGAACGAGCUGGUGCCAUGUUCCCUCCUGCAUCCACCCCACAACUACAUAGCGCGAGUCCUGGGGCCAGCUUCUUUGCACGUUUAUGAGAUUGAUGCUGCCGGUGUAGCUGCUGCUCUCGAUCACAGCGCCCGCCAGCCACUGCCAGACCCCUCCUUGGUCUUCCCUUGGUUUCACGGCCUCCAUCCAUGCAAUCAUAUUCAGCAGGCUUUCUUUAUUGCGCGGCGGCGGAAUCUACGUCGGACGCCACAAUGUUUGCGGGGCAUCACAAUUGUCAAGGCUGGUGGGGAUUUGGGGCGUGCCAGGCUAAAAGGUGCAAUUGCCCCCGAGGAGUUCCUUCUUCAAAGUGUAGAAGGGACGACCUUUUCCGAGGUUGAUCCCAAGGAAGGCUUUUCGGUGCGCAACUUCCAGAUCCAAGCUGCAAAAUCGGCCAUGGUCUCCGAUAUCAUUGUAUAUGGAGAUGAUCCGUUGGCUGUGCAGGCGUUGGCGACGGAUGUAGCCGCAGCCCAACAGGCCUGGAGAGACGUACACGAAGAAAAGGGGCAGGAUAUCCCCCAGUACAAUACCUUCAUCUGUACCAGUCCUUUUACGGAGUUUGAGGAGAACCAUGCCGAUAUAGUAGCCACGGAUGCUAGAGGUCAGCUAACUGGGAAAGUCCUCGACUUCUUCCACCAGGAAAGAGUCGAGAUGUGUACGAUGACGAGAGCAUCAGAAAUAGAUCACAAUGUAUGGCUGGGCCCUACUCCCGACCCUGCCAUAGACCCGUCCUUGCUAGAAGCGGAGGAUCAAUUCGACAUUCUCAUUGAGUGUAGCGAUUUGGGUCGUCUGAAUGUGGCUGUUUUACAGGCAAUCGCAGAAAACACAGCUGAGGAGGAGAGGCCGAUCCAUAUUGAAUUCCCCUCCUCAGGGAGCAUGAUGCCACCCACAUGGUCACAUGCUGAAGCAGACGGGAUUUUAGAGACCUGCAAAUGGCUCUAUAACCUAUCUCAUGGGACCAUACCCCUCACAUCUAGCAACCAAGAGACGGCCGAUGCGGAGGGAGAUUCUCCCAUGCCAUCACUGGAAACACCGCCUCUCCAAGCACGAGAGAGGAAAAUACUCAUCCACUGCGCUGAUGGCUACACGGAGUCUACCCUCCUCGGUCUCGCAUAUUUCACGUACGCUACUGGGCUGCCGGUUCCUACCGCCUGGCUAGAACUUCACAUGUCUAAACGUCGGAACUUCUUUGCCUACCCAUCUGAUGUGGCACUUCUGGCGUCCAUCGCUCCGCGUCUACUUUCGGAAUCGCCCGUCCACGCUGAAAAGUCCCUCUCUGAUAUCACAGAACUCGCAAAGCAGGAGCCGGAAUGGAUCAGAAAUAUCGAUGGCUCCCUACCAUCUCGGGUAACUGAUUACAUGUACUUAGGUAACCUGGGCCAUGCCAAUAAUCCUGACCUGCUAAAGCAAAUGGGAAUAAGGCAAAUUUUAAGCGUGGGCGAGACCGCUUCAUGGAAGGACGGGGAGCUGGAAUCCUGGGGUAAAGAUAAUGUGAUGAAUAUUCAGCGAGUGCAAGACAAUGGAGUUGACCCGCUCAGCGACGAAUUUGAGAGGUGUUUAGAGUUUAUUGAUCGAGGAAGAGCGCAAAACACUGCAACAUUAGUCCACUGCCGUGUCGGCGUCUCCCGCUCUGCAACAAUAUGCAUCGCCGAAGUCAUGAGAUCCCUAAACCUUUCCUUCCCGCGCGCAUACUGUUUCGUCCGCGCUCGACGCCUCAACGUUAUAAUCCAACCCCAUCUCCGCUUCUCCUACGAACUCCUCAAAUGGGAAGAGAAACUCCGAGGCGGAACCCAAAACGGCAGCCGUUUCAAGAGGGAACUCGAGUGGCCUGAGAUUGCCCGCGAAGUCGCUGCUAUGAAUAAACCUUAUGCGCGAUCAUAA